AUGCAACAAUUCUAAUCUAAUCAAGAAACGAUUGUUGGAGUUUAAUAUUUGAAUAAUCUCUUUGAUGAAAAUUUAAUUGAUCCAAUUUAUUUCAAGGUUUAUUUAUUACUGCUAUAUCUAAUUAUGCAUCGAUUGUAGAUUACAAAUAUCAAAAUGGAACAUCCCUUUAUAUUUAUAAUUAAUCUAUAUAUAAUUACUCAAUAUGUAGAAAUGAAUAAUUUAUAUUAACUAAACAUGGAAUGUAACAUGUCUUUUGUAUAUAAAAACUUAAAACUAAAUUAAUGUUUUUAUAUUUUGUUCUAAUUAUUUUUCAAAUGA